AUGGAGAGGGAGAACAGCACAGUGGUGUCCGAAUUCAUCCUCCUUGGUCUAACCCAGUCUCAACAUGCUCAACUCCUAGUCUUCAUGCUAGUUUUAGUUUUCUACCUUAUCAUCUUCCCUGGAAAUUUCCUCAUCAUCCUCACCAUCAGAUCAGACCCUGGCCUCACAGCCCCCCUCUACUUCUUUCUGGGAAAUCUGGCUUUCCUGGAUGCAUCCUAUUCCUUCAUUGUGGCUCCCAGGAUGCUGGUGGACUUCCUCUCCAAGAAGAAAAUAAUCUCCUACAGAGGCUGCAUCACUCAGCUCUUUUUCUUGCACUUCUUGGGGGCAGGGGAGAUGUUCCUUCUUGUUGUGAUGGCCUUCAACCGCUACGUCGCCAUCUGUCAUCCUUUGCACUAUUCCACUGUCAUGAACCCUAGAGUCUGCUAUGCCUUACUCUUGGCUGUGUGGCCUGGGGGCUUUACUCAUUACAUUGUACAAGCUGCCCUUAUUCUCCACUUGCCCUUCUGUGGCCCCAACCAACUGGAUAACUUCUUCUGUGAUGUGCCACAGGUCAUCAAGCUGGCCUGCACAGACAGUUUUGUGGUGGAGCUCCUGAUGGUCUCCAACAGUGGCCUGCUCACCCUGCUCUGCUUCCUGGGACUUCUGGCCUCCUAUGCGGUCAUCCUCUGCCAUAUGAAGGGACAUUCCUCUAAAGGGAAGAAUAAGGCUGUUUCCACAUGUACUACACACAUUAUCAUUGUGUUUCUGAUGUUUGGACCUGCUAUCUUCAUCUAUACUUGCCCAUUCAGAGCCUUCCCAGCUGACAAAGUGGUUUCUCUCUUUCACACAGUCAUCUUUCCUUUGAUGAACCCUGUGAUUUAUACUUUUUGUAACCAGGAAGUGAAAGCUUCCAUGAGGAGGUUAUUGAGUCAUCACAUGUUUUGCCGAAUUAAAUAG